GUCACUUUUAGAUAUGUGUAGUUCAAAAUUUAUUUUAAUUGUAUCACUUUUUUGGCUUUCUGCCUUACAAGCUGUUAUAUGGAAUGACAACUGGGCUAUUGAUUGUGAUUUUCCUGACAAUGACAUGGAUGAAGCUGUAAUUGAACGACAUCAGUGUGCAGGCAGGUGUUCCUCCUCACCCAAUUGUACUCAUUUUACAUGGAGCAAAUUUAAUGGUGGAACUUGUUGGAUGAAAUCUGGGAGUGUCACAAAAUUAGAUGCAGUAAAUAGCCAAGGCACAUUGUGUGGAAUAAUUAUUGAAAAACCUGUAACGUGGAUUAGCAGCUGGGCUGUGAAUUGUGAUUUUCCUGAGCAGGAUUUGACUGAUGCCCCAUCACAACGACAUGAGUGUGGUGGUAGAUGUAGUUCCACGCCUGAAUGUACUCAUUUUUCCUGGAGCAGCUAUAAUAGUGGUACUUGUUGGAUGAAGAAUGGGAAUGUCUCAAAAUUUGAUGCUAUAGCUGUUAACAAAGAUAUGUUGUGUGGAGUAAUUAUUAAAAAAGCUAUUAAAUGGAAUGAAAACUGGGCUCUUGAUUGUGAUUUUCCUGAGCGUGACUUUUCUAAUGCCCAAAUACAACAAAACGAGUGUUGGGAAAGAUGCUCUUUGACACCUGAUUGUACUCAUUUUUCCUGGAGCCACUAUAAUAAUGGAACUUGUUGGAUGAAGUAUGGGACUGUUUCAAUAUCUGAUGCUAUAGCCGCUGAGAAUGACAUGUUGUGUGGAAUAGUUAUUAAAAAAUCACUAUCUAAAACAUCUAUCAUCACUGCUGCGAUUGUUGUUCCUGUUAUUGCUGUUCUUAUUGUACUUGCUGUUGUUAUUGCAUUUCGAAUUUGUAGGAAAAAUUGUAAGCAACCAGAAAUCAAUGCUAGCAAUAAGGAUUAUCAAACAAAUAAGGAUGAGGCAAAUAAGGAUUAUCAAACAGACAAAUGGGAAAUUUUUACUGAUAGCAUAGUUAUUGAUAAAAAAGUUGGCCAAGGUGCAUUUGGUGAUGUUUUUAUUGCAAAAGUUAGUUCAAGCGUUCUUGCUAAAACUCAUUAUGCAAGUCAAACUGGUAUGAUUUUACAUGAUAUUAGAGAAGGUUCUUCUGUUAAAGUUGCUGUAAAACUUUUAAAAGAUGGGACAAGUCAAUCAGAAAUCAACGAUUUAUCAAAUGAAAUCAAUCUGAUGAAAGAUAUUGGGUAUCAUAGGAAUAUCAUAAAUAUGGUUGGAUGGUCCACAGUUAGAAGUCAUUUGUGUUUAGUAGUUGAAUUUAUGGAAAAUGGAGAUUUAUUAAAUUUUUUGAGAAAUAGACGAACAAAACUUAUAGCUUCAAUGAUGAAUGAAAAAUCACCAAGCAUUAUGUUUACACCAAACUACCAAAAGUUGCUUGAGAAAACAAGUUUUGUGUACGAGAAUAUUUUAGUUGAGGCUGAAGCUAUAACACCUAAUGACUUAAUCCGUUUUGCGUGGCAGGUGGCAUCAGGAAUGGAAUAUCUUUCACAUAUGAAAUUGGUUCAUCGAGACCUGGCUUCAAGAAAUAUCUUGGUCGGUGUGGAUAAAAGUGUGAAAAUAUCUGAUUUUGGUUUAACACGUAAAGUAAAUGAUGAAUUAAAUUAUAUGGGCAGCACUCAUCGUCGUUUACCAGUUAAAUGGAUGUCAGUUGAAGCAAUAUUUGACCAAAUGUUUACGUCAUAUAGUGAUGUGUGGGCGUAUGGCGUUGUUUUAUUUGAAAUUGUAACACUAGGAGGAACACCUUAUCCUGAAUUAAGUAAUCAUGAGCUUCUUGCUCGUUUAAAAACCGGCUAUCGAAUGCAGCGACCAGAUAAUUGCUCUCAAAUCAUGUAUGACUACAUGUUGCAAUGUUGGAAUGAAGAUCCGUUACAACGACCCAGUUUUACAAAGUUACGCGAAUUAUUUGAAGAAAUAUUAUCUCAAGGUGGUCAAUAUAUUAGCUUUGAAAUCAAUGAAAAAAAUAACUAUUAUAAUGUACCAUCAUUCGAUAGCGUCUUGUCUGAUGCAAACGAUGACACGAUAAAAAAAGAAUUAUUACUAAAGCCUGUUUAUUCAGUUGAAGAUAUAAACAAUAAAGUAUAUGAAAAAAUGGCAGCUUAUUGAUCUAAAAAUUUCAGUUAGUAACUUCUCACAUUUUAUUGAAAUACUUGCUAAUAAUUUUUCCUGUUCGAAUUUCUUUGUUGUCAUUGUUUUUGCUGUUUCUAUGCAACAUUUUAUGUUUUAUUUUUUUAUUCUCUUAUGUUAAAAACAAAGUUAUUUUUUGCAUCGUAUUUGCUGAUCUAUUACAAAAAACGUAUCGAAAAUAAUGAUGAGAUUUAGUCGCUGUUCAGAAUUGAUUUUUCAGCCAUCGAAGCAGAAUAGAGAAAAAAUUUACUUAUUUACCAAAACGAUAUAUUCAGACUUUUUUGAAAGUAUAUUAUUUUGUAACGCUACGUAAGAGAAAAAAUAUUUUUCGGAA